AUGGCAUCCAAAACCACCACCCGAUCACUUCGAUCCCUUACCCGACAAGCAGGUCAAAGAUGCUCAUGCGCCACUCCCAUAUCCUCCCGCUCAAAUACCGUCCGACAAUUUUCAAUAUCAACCUCGAGAUCAGAUACCCAAUGUAAUGAAGAACGAGGAGCAAGACCAAGAUGGUCAUACACACCACCACAGAUGAAACUGCCAUUCAACCCCAGAGCAAACCACGAUAUACCCACAUGGGAAGUCAAUAGCGAUCCACAAAGAUUAAAUCGAUUUUAUAUCAAAUUUCUAGGACGGGGAGGCGACGAGGUACUUACAGACGAAGUAAAAUGGCUUGCGAUUACACAUAAGAGUUUUGAUCAAGGAAGAAGAGGUUUCAAUGAUCGAUUGGCAUAUUUCGGACGUAGGAUAUUGAACUUACAGACAAGUUUGGUUUUAUUACAAUCGCCGGUUGCGACAGAAACUCAAUUACCUCAGGAAACAGACGGCCAGGGAACAGAAGUUGAGCAGCCAUUUUCACACCCUGCUCUGGACGGUUUGCCAAACUUGACCAAUGUUAAGGUGGAUGAUAUUUUAAGCAAGGAGAGGUUGGCGAAUUUGGCUACUCAAAUGGGCAUGCCAGAUAUUAUUCGAUGGGAACCUAGAAUGAAGGAUAAUCUCGAGAAGUCUGGUCUUGAGCUCGUACUAGCCACUUCGUUGUAUGCUAUCAUUGGUGCAAUCGCAUUGCAGAAGGGUGGUGACGUUGCAACAAGAGUGGCGCGAGAGAGAAUAUUGAAGCCUCUUGGUAUAUCAUAG